AUGGGCGAUAGUAGCUCUCGAACAGGGUCCUUCACCAUCAAGGAUGAGCCUAUUGAGAACCAGCGCCCGAUGAGGGUGGUUGUUAUUGGUGCAGGCUUCUCCGGUAUUUACACCACGAUAAGACUCUCUCAACGGCUCCGAAAUGUUUCUAUCCAGGUAUACGAGCAGAAUGAGGAAGUUUCCGGCGUGUGGUGGAUGAACAGAUAUCCUGGUCUAGCUUGCGACAUCCCCUCCUACUCUUACCAGUUCUCCUUCGCUCCUAGCCCAUACUGGUCUUCACUGUACGCGCCCGGGCCCGAGAUCCGGAGGUACAUGCAAGAUGUUGCGAUGAAGUAUGGAGCAAUGCGCUUUAUCAAGGUGUCUCACGCUGUCCAGUCCUGUACUUGGGACGAGAUUCGGCGGAAGUGGAAUGUUGAGAUCAAGAACCUCAAAACAGGCGAAAUCAUAGAGGACACGGCCGAUGUUGUUGUAACUGCCAAGGGUGACCUCAACCAGAUCAAGUGGCCCAAGAUCAAGAACUUGGAAACUUACCAGGGAAAACUCAUGCACUCGGGCGCAUGGGAUGACAACGUACGUCUCACAAACAAACGGAUCGGCGUCAUUGGCAAUGGGUCCAGCGCGAUUCAGAUAGUCCCGACGAUUCAAAAAAUGGAAGGUACCAAGGUCUGGAACUUCGCACGAAGUCCAACUUGGGUAUCAACUUCCUUUGGUGAUACUGCUAUGAUCCAGCUCGGGCUGGAUCCGCGCGAGACUAAGUUUUCCCGUAGCCAACAGGAACACAUGGCUAAACAUCCCGAUCACUUCCACAAGAUGCGUAAGAUUCUCGAGAAAGAGGCCAGCAGCAAGCACCUAUUCACGCUUAAGAACUCGCAAAGUCAGGAGACCGCUCUCGUCAAGUUCCAGGAGCACAUGAGACAGCGCCUGGCAGGCCGCCCCGACUUGUUCGAAGCGAUCAUUCCCACCUUUGCGCCGGGCUGCCGCCGCCUCACUCCUGGUCCCGGAUACCUCGAGUCUCUCCAGCAGGAUAACGUGACGUUCUGUAAAACGGCCAUCCAAGAAUUCAACAGCACAGGUCUUAAACUCGAGACUGGGGAGCAGAUUGAUCUCGAUGUUAUCAUCUGUGCCACUGGCUACGAUGUUCAGGCGCCCCCGACCUUCACGGUGAAGGGGCGUAACGGCAAGACACUCGAGGAAAGAUGGAAGCCUAUACCCGAGUCCUACCUGGCGAUUACAGUGGAUCAAUUUCCCAACUUUUUCAUGAUCGGUGGGCCAAACUCAAACCUUGGGGCUGGUAGUCUCCUCAGCGUGUUUGAAGCACAAGGAGACUACGCCACUAAGAUCAUUAGAAAGCUACAGAAAGAAAGCUACGAAACUUUCGAAGUACGGCCCGAACGCGUAGCCGAUUUCAGCAACUACAUUGACGAAUAUUUCAAGCUGACCGUCUAUACGGACGAGUGUUCGUCGUGGUAUCGCGCGCACAGCAAUAGCAAUAGGAUCGUUGCCCUUUGGCCUGGUUCAGCGUUGCAUUGUCUUGAGACCCUGAGGUCACCUCGUUGGGAAGACUACAUUUGGAAGUCUGCGGAGCCUUCGGGCAAUCUGCUGCGUUGGCUGGGUAACGGUAACACUUUGGUUCUAAGCAAGGGCGACCCGUCGUGGUUCUUAGAGGAGAGGUACUUGGACGUGCCGAAGGAAGGGAAGCCCGAGGAAACAGAGACCUAUCAGCAGCGCCCAUUCUCGCAUUAG